UCUGGGAAGACGAACUGGAAGGUGUGACCUUUCCACGAGAAUCCGAGAGCUCUGACGAUGACGAAGAUGACUUCACGCUAUGCGUCAGGAGCUCGGCGCACGACGACACAUCACUCGACUUCAGCUUCACAUUGCCUCGUACUUCACACGGCGACGACGAGGUGCGGGUGUGGCUGACAGUUCCGAGCAGCGCGCUUCUCGAGCCGCUGAUGAGCUCAUCAGCGGCGGCGCUCGGAUGCCGCUCAUCCAAGAAGAAGACGGUUCACUUCGCGCUGCCCGGUCGCGUCAUCCGUCCGUUGCAGUGGCGCGACGACGUCAUCUGGGCGCGCGUCGAGCCCAUCAAGGGACGCCGGCACGCGACCUCGACCGGUGGCCACCUGUUCCAGCCUCCCGCGACGGAGUCGUCGCCGACGACGGUGAUCACCGCGGAAUGCACCACAACAACCACCACCCACGUGCACCGACGUAGCCCCAGUAACUGUUCCUCCGUGGACUCAAAUUACGCCAACACGUCCUCGCAGGAGGACAAUCAGUCGUCGUCGAGCGGAGACUCCGUACCGAAUAUCGUCAUUCUUACCUGUUCCGGACAACGGUCAAUAGUUCACAUCGGUUCUGAGUCGACAUCUGUCGACAGCAACCCUAGUCAGCAAAGCAGUCGAAGUGACUCCGACUACCAGAGCAAGAACGACAGUUCUGAGUUGUCUUCGAUGACCGAGGGCUCUCCGCUGCCUCCACCGUCAGCACGGGGCCAGGACCAGCGGACGGGCGGCAGCGGCGAUGUCCCCGCGGCCUGGCAUUCGCCCAGCGGCUACAAUGCUCCGAGUGUGUACAAUGCGCCCUCAUGGAGGACGCUGUUCAACGCUUGGAGGCCAGCCGAAGAGAGGCGGGACUGA